AUGAAAAUUUCUUUAAUUUUACUAACUUUAUCUCUAUUUUAUUUAAUUGUUCCUACAUGCUAACAAGAAGAAGUAGCUUUUGGUUGGAAUUCUUUUUUGACAUCUCCCAGACAAAAUAAUAACCCUAGAAUAUCUGAAAAGGGAGUCUAGAAUUGGAGCACUCAAUAAUAAAUAAUAAGUAUAUAUUUUUACGUAAACAAAAAAAGUGAAUUGACUUUAAGCCUUAAUGUGGAAGAUGUUUAACGUGAUGCUGAAAUCAUAGUAUCAAUCCCUUAACUUUAAAGUCCCUUAUUAUUUAAAUAUAAAGAGGUCAAAAAGUUAUUACUCUCUUUGAUAUAACAGUAUAAGAACCUCAAUAUUUGA